AUGGGUUACUUAUCAUCACUGUUGUCCAGUCGGGAUUAUGUGCUUCCCGCCACUUUGCUUUUACUCGCCCUCCUUUCGACCGUCCUCGCCCUUGGCGUUCAACAAGCCAGGUCACAGCGGCGGAGGAGUAUAAGUGCUCCGACCGAUGUUCCGAGAUUCGAGAAGCGGAAAGCCGAUAAUCAGGGUCGAGUUGCUGGUCAAUGGACCCCGAGCAGUUUCAAGUUUCCCAAGCCACCGCCAUACCCGGAAUGGUAUCUUGGGUCUACAAAGCCACUUCCCUACCGGGCAUUCCGCUAUGGUCCCAAAUACAACGUCACCAUGGGUCUGCGCUCCGUCCGGCACGAAGACUGGAUUCAACUUGACAGCCACUUCCCCAAAUUUCACAACGACAAGGCCCGUCGCAUCGCAGAACGAGCUGAAAAGUGCUGCCACACUGCACCUGAGGCUUAUCCAGCAGCAAUGGAAUUGUUGCAGGAACUGACUGACUAUCUGCCGGCUCGGUACCCAACCCUUUUCAGACGGACUCCCGUUGGUAUCGACAAUUUGUGGUCGGGAGAGUCGUUCAACAUCAUAGAGCACCCCCUGAAGGAAGACCCCAUUGCCAUUUGUGCUCGUUUGACCCAGGACGAUCUCGCACUGAUGAUGGAAAAGCCAGACGGGCAGUACUAUCUGCUCUCUGGCGCAAUACUUCUCGCUGGCUUCUGGAGGUUGGAAGACAAGUUGGGCAUGCCCCUGUCGGAGAUUCACACUUCUGGCGACGUUCCCCAAUUCAAAGAGAAGCUAGAGUCCGGCAUGAAAAAGUUUUUCACACGUCUGAACUGCGAGGAUCUCUACACCCGCAACAACUAUUUUAUCCAAGUUGACGAUUCGCUACCGUGGAGCUGGAGUAUAGGAGACGAGGAUAGCAAUGAAGUCAGUUGGUCGACGGCCGAGAAAAACAAGGCAAUUGAGCAUCACUUCUUCCGGUCUGAGCGACAAAGUCUGAGGCGUCUGCCCAGGACCGGCGCCGUUGUCUUCACCAUUCGCACUUACUUCCAUCCCAUCACGGAGAUUGCUCAGGAAGACUAUGUACCGGGCAGACUCGCUAGUGCUAUUCGAAGUUGGGGGCCAGAUGUGAGCCGCUACAAGGGAAAGGAGAGAUACGAAGAUGUCUUGCUAGAGUAUUUGGACAAAGAGCAUCAGAAACAAGUCGAGCGGGGAUUGGAUAUGGAAAAGGAAGAUGACGUGAGGCAAUACCCAUGGUAA